ACCAAACCAAGCCUACAAACCUGCCCUCAUCUCCUUCAUACCCUCAAAACCACCACCAAGAACCACACCAUGCAACUCCUCACCUUCCUCCCCAUUGCCGCUCUGGCUGCCACAACCCUCGCCGAAAACUGGAACAUCACGGUCUACGCCGACACCAACUGCACCGAAUGGAAGGGCGAGUUUACCGGAGACAAAGAUUAUGGAUGCUACUCGCUUGAAGAAUAUGACCCAGCGAUUCAGUCCAUCAAGGCUGAGCUUCCCGACGGAUGGACGUUUAUGGGAUCGAGUGGAGGUGCUUGUGAUGACUUUCACACUUCUGGAGGCUCGGGAUGCUGGACUCAGGGACAAGGAUUCAAGUCGUUUGAGGUGCUGGUUACAGAGAGCUGAACUGUGAGAUCUAGUAUAGGAAUUGUGGUGGAUGGAUUUUGGAAAUGGUUGUAGCCGGCAUAUCUGUGAAGAACUUGGUGUAUAUAUUGUUCUUGACAAGGACUUAGUUAAUGAUGGACAUGCAAAACAUUGGAAUAUGCCGUGAUCAGGCCGGUAGACGUGUUAUUGGAACUGCGCUCUAUGCCUAGUCGUCCCAGGAUAACAAGGACUGCAAAAGUGUAUCUUCUUCCAACAGAUUUAGCUUCCGGGUGGGAAUAGAGCCUCU